GGAGAAGAAGGAGAAGAAGGAGAAGAAGGAGAAGAAGGAGAAGAAGAAGAAGAAGAAGAAGAAGAAGAAGAAGAAGAAGAAGAAGAAGAAGAAGAAGAAGAAGAAGAAGAAGAAGAAGAAGAAGAAGAAGAAGAAGAAGAAGAGGAGGAGGAGGAGGAGGAGGAGGAGGAGGAGGAGGAGGAGGAGGAGGAGGAGGAGGAGGAGGAGGAGGAGGAGGAGGAGGAGGAGGAGGAGGAGGAGGAGGAGGAGGAGGAGGAGGAGGAGGAGGAGGAGGAAGAAGAAGAAGAAGAAGAAGAAGAAGAAGAAGAAGAAGAAGAAGAAGAAGAAGAAGAAGAAGAAGAAGAAGAAGAAGAAGGGAAGAGGAAGAAGAAGAAGAAGAAGAAGAAGAAGAAGAAGAAGAAGAAAGAGGAAGAAGAGAAAGAUGAGGAAGAAGGGGAAGAAGAGGAGGAAGAGGAAGGGGAAGAAGAGGAGGAAGAGGAGGAAGAGGAAGAGGAAGAAGAAGAAGAAGAAGAAGAAGAAGAAGAAGAAGAAGAAGAAGAAGAAGAAGAAGAAGAAGAAGAAGAAGAAGAAGAAGAAGAAGAAGAAGAGGAGGAGGAG